AUGACCCUUCCUCUGAUCAACCUACCAAGCAAUGUUAUUUGUCUUGUUACUCAAAUGAUGACCAGCAAUGAAUUAUACAACAUUUGGUCUCUCUCCAAAAAAACGAAAGAAGUCGUGAAACCAUUGUAUUCGAAGAACACACAUGUUCAGCGCAUUCUGAACGAUGAUUUAGUUUCGAUGAAAUGGAUAUCUCAAUUGAGAUAUGAUUUUGAGCAGCUCCGGGUACUCUUAAAACCUGACCUAAUCACAUUCACAAAUUCUCUUGCAAUGGUGACGUCGCCGUUCUCUCUUUUCAACCUACCCGAUAAGGCUAUACGCCAUGUGAUUCAAUUUAUGAACUAUGAAGAGCUAAUUUUCUUGUCUCUUCUUUCUAAAAGAGCAACGGACAUUGUGGAGUCGUUGAAUGUGAAAAGUACUCUCGUAUCUGUUGUUAUAACCAGUGGGAUUACUGUCAAUAUUUCACUUGGCACAAAAGACUAUGUGAAAUUGGAGUUUUUUAAUGAUGACAAAAGUCGGCAUUUGCCGAAUGGAAUGUGGAUAAGGGUUAAUCAUUAUAAUGAGCUAACAGUGUCCUGGAGAAUUGUAGGACUUUGUAUCAAGAAGUGGUUGGAUCAUAUCAAGAUCAUCUUCCAUUUUUCGGAAAUUGAUUAUUUCAACUUUGGCGAAGACUCAAUCUCAUUUGAUAUCAAUGUGAUCCGUGAUAUAUUCAACAGUUACUCUAAACUCCGGCAUCCGUUCUUUCCAGAUAGCUACCGUGCUCCUUAUUCAAUCAUCUCUUCUGCAGCAGGGAUAACAACCCCAUUUCCUCUGAUCAACCUACCAAGCAAUGUUAUUUGUCUCGUUACCCAAAUGAUGACCAGCAAUGAAUUAUUUUUCUUAUGGUGUCUUUCCAAAAAGACAAAGAAAGCCGUGAAACCAUUGUAUCCAAAGAACACCUAUGUACAACGGAUUUUGAAUAAUGAUUUAGUUUUAUUUAAAAUGCUACCAAAGAAACAGUUUUUCGACGAGCACUUCAUAUACGGACAACCCGAGCCACUCACAUUCACGUCUCCUCCUGCGAUGGUGACAUCUCGGUUCUCUCUUUUCAAACUACCCAAUAAGGCUAUACGCCACGUGAUUCAAUCCAUGAACUAUGAUGAAAUGUGA